AUGAAAAAACAUUCAAGCCCCCCAUCUAAAUCUUCAAUAAAUAUCCCAAGUUCAAGUACAAUCUCAUUAUCCAAAACUUCAACUGAUCCUUUAGCUCAAGAUGGAAUAUUGGUUCAAAAAUAUGGUAAAUUGGGGAAAAUUUUAGGUUCAGGUGCUGGUGGUUCUGUUCGUUUAUUAACAAGACCUUCAGAUGGUCUAACUUUUGCAGUUAAAGAGUUCCGUCCAAGGAAAUCUGGUGAACAAUUAAAAGAUUAUGCUAAAAAAUGUACUGCUGAAUUUUGUAUCGGUUCAACUUUACAUCAUCCAAAUAUCAUUAAAACUUUAGAUAUUGCUCAUGAAAAUGGUCAUUAUUUCGAAGUUAUGGAAUAUUGUCCAAUUGAUUUCUUUGCUGUUGUUAUGAGUGGGAAAAUGACUAGAGGUGAAAUCAAUUGUUGUCUAAGACAAAUUACUGAAGGUGUUAAAUAUUUACAUGAAAUGGGUCUGGCUCAUCGUGAUUUAAAAUUAGAUAAUUGCGUUGUUACUGAACAAGGUAUACUAAAAUUAAUUGAUUUUGGUUCUGCUGUUGUUUUCAGAUAUCCAUUUGAAGAAAAUAUUGUUAAAGCUCAUGGCGUUGUUGGUUCUGAUCCUUAUUUAGCUCCUGAAGUUUUAACUAAAAGAGAAUAUGAUCCUCAACCUGUUGAUAUUUGGUCAAUUGCAAUCAUUUAUUGUUGUAUGACUUUGAAAAGAUUCCCAUGGAAGGCUCCAAAAUUAUCAGAUCCUUCUUAUAAAUUAUAUUGUAUGCCUGAUGAUAAUCCUCAUGAUUAUGAAUUAUCUGCAAAGCAACAUAAAGAAUUAUUGGCAAAGAAAAGAGAAGAAAAAUUGAGACAAAUAAAUGCAGAAUCAAGUUCUAAUAACGGUGUUGAAAAAAUUACUGAAGUUUUAAAUGAAACUACAAUUGCUCAUGAUAAACAUGAUGAAAAGACAAAUGAUACUGAAAAAUCAAUUCAUUCAACUAUCCCAGUCUCUCAUGAUGAAAAAGAUUUAAUUCAUACUCAAAAUGAUAAAAAACCAAUCCCUCCAGGUGAACAAAAACCUCAUCAUCGUACAAUCCAUGGUCCUUAUAGAUUAAUGAGAUUAUUACCACAUGCUUCGAGACCAAUAAUCUCUAAAAUGUUGACUGUGGAUCCAAAUUUUAGAGCAACUUUAGAUGAUGUUUUCAAUGAUGAAUGGUUUAGUUCAAUAACUCCAUGUACAAUGAAUUCAAAAGGUGAAACUAUACAUGCUUCUGGUCAUCAUCAUACAUUUGUUAAAGAAGAAGAGGCACAUUUACAAGAUUAUAAAGAUCAAAAGAAACCAGUGAAACAAUAA